AUGAAACGACGAUUGGUUCACGUGUUUGAACUUAGGCAAUACAGAGAAAUUGUAGCAACAGGAAAUUAUUUCUGUUUCUACAGAUUCUACUUCAUCUGUGUGUCUGCAGUGCUGAUACACAAAGUGUCUCUGCAGGUCCCAGGUGUUAUUGGUGGUUCUGUUGUCCUGCCGUGUUCUUCAACUGAACCUGAUCAAGACACUGAAGUGCAUUGGAGACAGAAUGGUAGCAAGAUUGUGUAUGAUAUAAUCAAGGGUAAAGAUUCAGUAGAGCAACAGGAGCCACGAUACAAGAACAGAGCUGAAACUUUCCCUGAAGAGUAUAAGAGAGGAAACUUCUCCAUCAAACUCAACGAUCUUCAACACACUGAUGCAGGAAAAUACACCUGUCUCAUCGCACACUCAUCUGAACAUAAGACUGUGGAGCUGAUCAUCAACGAGCCAACAACAGAAAAUGGAACUAAAUCAGCUGAUCAAGAAACCCAAACAGAUGUGGUGACAUCGUCGUCUUUGCUCUGGGUUUACAUCAUAGUAGCUGUAUUAAUAUUAAUAAUGCUUAUAGCCGGUUUCAUCAUUGGCUAUAGAAAAAAAAUUCAAGCUGCUUUAUUCUCUCCUGUCAUGCCUGAAGAUAAAGAACAGACAGAAAUAAAUGUGUAACAUUAAUAAAAAAUGUUAAAAGUUAUUUUAACUAAAUUGUUACAGCUUUCAUUGUUUCAUUCUGGUGUCAGAGACACUGUUUUGUGCUCUUACAUUCUUUUUGUUUGCACCGAGUUGCUUGCACAGAUAUGUUUGUAGCAAUAACCAACAAUACAUUGUAUGGGUCAAAAUUAU